UUCUCAUUUCUUCUGCACCACAACAACCAGACCAGAGCCAAAAAUAAUUCUAAAAAUUUGGUAUUUUUGAUUUUUGGUAUGCAUCUAAACAGUUGAAAGAAUUGAAAAAUGGCGAUGCUACUGUGUAAUUCAAAUCCUCGAUUUUCCAACUCACUGAGUUACAAACAACAAGAAUCGUCUCUCAGAAAACUGUCAACUGUCAACGCUAGAAGACUCAGAUUCUGUGCUUCUCCUUCUAAAUUCCCUAAACUACGUCGUUUUGGUGUUUUACAAUGUGCUUCGUUAGCUAACGGAUAUCCGAUAGCGGAUAAUAUUAACCCGAUUGAAGGAGAAGAAGAGGAAAGAGGAGAGAAUUACGAGUUACACGGGAGAAUUCGCGAGUUUUUCGAGUUUCUUCCGUCGAUAUUACCGGGCGGAAAUUGGUGGAGUUUCUCUGAAGAUGUGGAAAUCAAAUAUUUAGCUGAGCCUGUUACUAUUUGGAAAGCUCUUGGCCGUAUGUGGCAAUUAGUUGCUCAUGAUCGUUGGGUUAUUUUCCUCGCUUUUUCCUCUCUAAUUGUUGCUGCUGUUUCGGAGAUUUCGAUACCGCAUUUCUUGACAGCGUCGAUAUUCUCUGCUCAGAGUAGUCAAAUUGCAGUGUUUCAUGGAAAUGUUCGGCUGCUGGUCUUGCUAUGUGUUGUAGCUGGAAUUAGCAGUGGUCUAAGAGGUUGCUUUUUCGGCGUUGCAAACAUGAUCCUUGUCAAAAGGAUGAGGGAAACGCUAUAUUCUGCUCUUCUUCUUCAGGAUAUAUCAUUUUUUGACGAUGAAACAGUUGGUGAUUUGACAAGUAGGCUUGGUUCAGAUUGUCAGCAAGUUUCUCGGGUUAUUGGAAAUGAUCUUAAUUUGAUACUACGCAAUGCCGUACAGGGUACAGGUGCUUUGAUCUACUUGCUAAUUUUGUCUUGGCCACUUGGUUUAUGCACCUUGGUGAUAUGCUCAACUUUAGCAGCUGUCAUGGUGAUAUAUGGCAUGUACCAGAAGAAGGCAGCAAAGUUAGUUCAAGAAUUCACUGCUUCUGCUAAUCAAGUGGCACAAGAGACGUUGUCUUUGAUGAGAACAGUUCGUAUUUAUGGAACAGAAAAGCUAGAACUUGAAAGGUAUAAGCUAUGGCUGGACAAAUUGGCUGAUAUAAGCUUGAGGCAAAGUGCAGCCUAUGGAUUUUGGAAUUUGAGCUUCAACAUGCUUUAUCACUCAACUCAGAUUAUUGCUGUUCUAGUAGGAGGAAUGUUUAUUCUGGCUGGUCAUAUUACAGUGGAGCAACUGACAAAGUUUAUAUUAUACAGUGAAUGGCUGAUAUACUCUACAUGGUGGGUAGGCGAUAAUUUAUCAUCUCUAAUGCAAUCUGUUGGGGCAAGUGAAAAGGUCUUCCAGUUGAUGGAUCUCUUGCCAAAUGACCAAUUCCUAUCGAAAGGAUUGAAGUUGCAGAGGCUGACGGGACAUAUAGAAUUUGUGAAUAUUAGUUUUCAUUAUCCAUCACGGGAAGAGGUACCUGUACUGCAACAUGUAAACCUUUCAGUGCAUCCAGGUGAAGUAGUUGCAAUUGUGGGACUCAGUGGAAGUGGGAAGAGCACAUUGGUAAAUCUCUUGCUCCGUUUGUAUGAGCCAUCAAAUGGUCAGAUUUUAAUUGAUGGCUUCGCACUUAAAGAGUUGGACAUCAAGUGGUUGAGGGAAAGAAUUGGAUAUGUGGGACAGGAACCAAAACUUUUUCGGAUGGAUAUCAGUUCAAAUAUUAGAUAUGGUUGUCCACAAGAUAUAAACCAGAAAGAUAUUGAGUGGGCUGCUAAGCAGGCAUAUGCUCAUGAUUUCAUUUCAUCUCUGCCCAAUGGUUACGAAACAUUGGUUGAUGACGAUUUGCUCAGUGGGGGUCAAAAGCAGCGUAUCGCCAUUGCUCGGGCUAUUCUCAGGGACCCUACCAUUUUGAUACUCGAUGAGGCUACUAGUGCGCUGGAUGCAGAGAGUGAGCACAAUGUUAAGGGUGUCCUUCGGGCUGUUACAAGUGACUCGGCGACAAAGAGAACUGUCAUAGUAAUUGCACACAGGCUUUCAACAAUACAAGCUGCUGACAGAAUAGUGGUUAUGAGUAAUGGUCAAAUAGUUGAGAUGGGCAGUCACAGAGACCUUCUUGAUCAAGAUGGCCUUUAUGCACGAUUAACAAGACGACAAGCUGAUGCCGUGGUAUGAUCUUAUUGCAUUUCGUCACUUACGUUUUCGUGGCUCAGGGAAUCCAUCAACAUCUAACCUAUCCAAUCAUCAAAAUUACGAAUUGGAACGAGAUAUCUGACAUAAUAUAACUACAGAAGCAACUUUUGAUUUCUCAAUUGCCGCAAAACAUAAGCAUUUAUGUCAAAGAAACCAGAUGCUUACAACAUCUAUAAAGUGGAGAAUCACCAUGACAGCAUGGUAUAGUGAGUUCUGUAAUUUAUAUUUAUAUGUUCAUCACAAACUACAAUUGACUAUAAGAACUCGAGCAGCGAUUAUAAGAACUCGAGCAGCGAUUAUAAGAACUCGAGCAGCGAUUAUAAGAACUAAAUAACAAUUGUAACAAUUGUCAUUGUAUUAGUAAAAUUCACAAAGGAGUAACUAAAACCCUCUUAGGUGGAAUCUUUAAUUCCUAAUGCUGUAUUUUCUAAUUAAAUUCAAUUUUUUAUUUUGUUAA